CUGUCGUCUGCAAAUAUGAGAAAUUAAGCUCUAUCUGGGUUAGAAACUGAAGAAACAGGUUAGAAAGUUUAUAAUAAUGAAGAUUUGAAACUGAUUCUUCCAUGUCUCCUCCUAGAUGGAUUUAAAAUCAUGGAUAAAACGCCCGGCAUCGUUUCUAGCGGCCCACUAUUAAAAAAGUUGCCUUCGUUCAGUUCUCGCGGCUUAGCGGCGGCGUUCGUGGGAGGCUCCCUCUGUGUUGGGUCUUUUAUUUUUGCAACGAACACAGUGGCUUUAGACUGGAAUAAAGUACUUCUACAAGCGAAAAGGAACAAUGCUGCCGUUGAGCCUGCACCCAAAUUGAAAACUCUUCUCGAUAAGGUUACAACUGAUCUGAAACUGUCCGAUUCAGAAAAGAAAUCUGUAAAACUGUUUACCUCUGAAUCAGACAUCUGUGAAGUUUUCGGAACUGUAAUAUUUCCUCAUGGUGCGCUUUUGGGAUUACCAGAAACUGCUAAUGCGGAGAGUGUAGCAGAUAUCACUCUGGACAUAAAAUGGUUUUUUUUCCAGGAAGACGAAAAAAGGCCAAAGAAAAUCACCGAAAAAAUUGAGAGGCUGAAAGAAGUGUCAGUACUGAGUGACGCUGCGAAGCAGUUCGUUAUUGCAGAAGGACUGGUUUUGGCAAGAGAUUAUAAUCAUUUCACCGCCCCAGCACUUUGUGCAUCUUUAUGUGUCCUGACAAGUUUUGUACAGGGAUCUUUAUUUUCUUUGGGGGCCAGUAUUAAAAAACACCCUCAAAUGAAAGGUCCUGUUUACUUGGCAUCUUUUAUAAUGUGGGCUUGUGCUGGAGCAUUUGUAUCAGGAAAAGUUAAGGAACUUCAGUUGAGAGAAGAUAUGGGUCAUCUCAGCAAGGAAUACGUAGACGGUGGUGUUGAAUUUUAUGAGAAGUUGCAACAGCAACUACAGCUAAAAAAGGAUUUAUGUGGAGAAGAAAUAGCCAAUUUUUUUGGAAGUUACUAUCUUGUUGAAAUUGUUUCUAAGAGAUUGUCGAAUUUGAGAAAAUUGCAGUCAAAGUUUGGGUUUGAAAGCCUGUGAACCUGAACUCUUGUGGAUGUAUUCCAUAAAGAAUAGGACAAAUAAAUUUUUUUUUACAUGUUUU